ACUGAUAUUUGCGCGUGUUUCAAUAUAUAUGAUGAAUAUUCACUGCUGUCCCAAGUGGACGUCUGUUGGAAUUAAGAAGUAAUGAUUCAGGGUUAUCUCCGGUGACUUUCUCAAUCCAUUCUUCCAUUUAUACUUUAAAAUAUUCUAUUUGUGAUCGAAUAGUAAUCAUUCCAAUGAAUAGUUAGGACAAAUUUAAAUUACUCUUGACUCAUUGUUAUGCAUUACCUAUUCUAUACUCUGGAGCAUAAAAUUUUAGACUUUAUGCAGAAACAUAAUCUUAUGUGAUAAGUAGUUUGUAUCGAAUGUUUUAAUGUCUAUAUCAAUUCUACAUAUAUAUAUAUGUUAAAGUUUGUUGCCAUAACAAUUAUCGUUAUGUCUUAUACAACGACACACACGAUUAAUAACAAUAAACGUACCGUGAAAUAAAAUUUAAUAUAUGGUACACUCAUUAAUUCAGCCGGCAUAUCGAUCGUACGAUCAUGUAGAUUUGUUUAUUUACGCUUUAAAUUUAUUUAUCAGGGUGAUUAAGCAAUCUGGACGAGACGUUGUUAAUUAACUCAUUAUCACACUUAUUAUUAGUUUCAAUAGGUGAAUAGUAAAUGUUUGUAUCGAAAAGAAACUGAAUUCGAAGUUUUCAAAGCAAUUAUUUUCGAAAUAGACUAUGAAAAGCAUUAAGCGACAUAUAAAAGUGGUGGUACAGUGGAACUAAAGCAUAUAAUGUUAGGUAAAAGGGUCAUAAGAAAUAAAUCACGAGUUAUUCACAAGCAUACUUACAAACUGCUUGUUGAUAUCAUCGUGAUGUCUGCGAAUUACUGGCUAGAUGGAGCUAUAACAAAGCACCAGACGGUAAUGCUUAUUAUUGUUCGGCUAAGGGCAAAGAUGUUGACAACUAGAACGUCUUCGGGUUGUUUUUGUCUGAUGGACUUUUCUUGCACCAAAAAGGUUGUUUUUAGCCUAAAAGCACCCAGAAUACUUACAUACAAAACCUAUCCUUGAAACAAUAAUCAUUGCAGUUAAGCUUUGAUUGAUAACAUUGCAAAAGCAGUGUACUCAUAGGAACCUAACAAAAAUGACACUUGAAACAAUGGACUAUGUAUACUUCAUUAACAUUUCGUUAACUUUAAAUUCUGUGUGGAUGUUAAAAAAUUUUUUGAAACAAAUGCUUUUAUGUUGCACUUAAUAGUAAACGAAAUAUUUCGUUUUUUUCAAUUAGACUAAUCUGUUUUUUGCUGUGCAUAUCAGUAGCUUGUUUGAUCACUUAUCGAGUACAUGUUUGGUUAAAGCAUUACGACAGUUUGGCAUCAAAAAUGAUCAUUUCAGCUUACGAUGAUCAUCAGAGUAAUUUGCCAUUUCCCUUGAUCAGUAUCUGUAAUAUUAAUCCAGCAAGGUGAGUGGAUUUAUUUUUGUUCAAAUAAUAAAUAAUUUAUUAAAAACUGAAAAUGACUGGGCGAAAUUAUUUGCAAAACAUAAACGUGGAACUAUAUUGAUGAAAACAUGACCACUUAUUAAAAGGCUAUAUAUGUAGUUCAUCAGUUUUUGGAACGAUAGAAAAGCUGUGUUUUCAGUGAAUAUGUCGCCUAAUCUUUGUGAAAGGAAAAAUUAUUUUUAAUAUUGCUAAUCAAAGUUGGCCAAACUUCUAAUCUUACUUUAUGCUCUAUACCGAAGAAAUGGGGAUUACAUCAGAGCAUUCGGUUUGCCAAUUACUUUUUCAUGGGCUUUCCAAUAAGACGACACAUCGCAAAUAUUUCGGUAACUUAUAUAAAUGAAUUGGUGAAUAUUGAUUACGUUAAUGUGCCACAGUCAGGUCACAAGUACCUAAAAUGUAUGUAACCCAAAGUAAAAUUUAUAACUAAUGUAUUAUUGAUGAGUUGUUGAAGUUUCUGCUAAAAACAACCGAAACGCAAGGCUAAUUUAAAACAACAACUACGGGAGCUUGAUUGUUUAUCAGGGGAACUAAACUGUAUGAUAUCCAGUCAGCUGAGUCGCAGGAUCGUGGUGUUGAUUACGAAAUCUUUUCGGAUGCUUUUCAAGGACGUCCAAGUGAAAAUUUCCCGGAAAGCAAACUUGAAAUGCCAAUUUUCAAGCUCAUGGACAAAGCAUCUCAUCAGAUAGGUCAAAUGUUAAGAAGCUGUAAAGUCGGCCAAAGACAUUGUUCUGUACUGAAUUUUACAAAGAGCAUUCUACCCAAUGGUGCUUGUUACACAUUAGCUGGCGAUUUAACCGGUAUAGACGAAAUUCAAUUAGUGUUAGAUCCACAAAGUUACGAUUAUUUGGUGCCGAAUCAAGGAUUUAUUGGUUUUCGUAUUUUGUUACAUGGAUAUGGUGAUUCCUUAUGGGGAUUAAUACCAACUGCUGUUUAUGCUGGUCCAACAUUUCAUACUAUGUUACGUGCAGUUGGGCUCAAAAAGAUAUAUAAACAACAUUGUACAAGUCAAUCAGUUUGGGCUAGUUGCAUGCAUGAUUGCAUGCAAGAAAUGUUAUUAGCAAAAUGUCAAUGUCAAUUGCCAGAUUGUACUGUUUUUGAAAUGAUGAGAUGUGGGUUAACUAUGAAUUCAAUGAUUGAAUCUCUAUCGCCAGUUCAAUGUCGAUGUCAUAAUCCCUGUGAAGCAAUAUCUUAUUCAGUGGAAUCCAUAACUCAAGCAUUAAAAUCACCAUUAUUAUUUACACAUUCUCUAAAUCUAUUUAAUAAAAUAAAUCAAACCAAUUUUGAAUUAAACAAUAAUUUUCAACUAUCUACUGACCAACAACAGUUUAAUGACAAAAUUACAUCGAAAAAUCAAAAAUCGGCAACUGUUUCUGAUGACAUUAGUGAUUAUGAUCCUAAUAGCAAUAACCAUAAAAACCCUAAGGAUUUGAAACUAAAUCAACCGGAACAAUUUCUCCCCAUCUAUAGAAAGGAGAUUUGGAAUGGCUUACUCCUUCAAACAUGGGCAUUUCUACGCGAAGCCAAUCGUACGGCAUUUGAACAGUUAAGACAACUUUCUCGUCUCUUACAAAGUUUAAAUCUGGAUUUACAAACAGUAGAACGUGCAUUUUAUAAAGUUCAUAGAAAACAUAGAUUAAAUUUAGAAGCUCAUGACUUAAUGAUUUGGGAUAGCGGACGUCUAUCAACAAAUAAACAUUCUUCUUCAGAUCAAUCUAACGGAUCAUGUAUGGAUAGUGAAGAACAUUCUCGUAUGCUAGAAAGGGUCAGCCAUUUAGGAAAGGAAUUCGUCCGGCUUUUUAGACAAAGCAUUUUAUUUCGGGACAUAACAUUAGUCCCAGGACUAGAUUUUCAUAUUCAUCUUGUUCGUCUGUUUUUUUUAAACGUUGUCGAUGAAUUGGAUCAUCUCGCUAAUCAAUCAUUACACAACGAUCUGUUUUCUGAUGUCACAAUGCUUGAUUUACAACGUAAGACACAUCAAUGCAAGCAAACUAACAAUGAUUUAGUAUACAACGAUACUAGUUGGAAAAAUCAGUUAGAACAAUCACAGUUAAUUGUUGCUGGUGAAGACAUAACCAGACUUCAAGCUGUUCUACUAGCUACCGAUUCGCAGUUCAAACAAUUAAGAACGGUGUUUUCUAAAUUAGUUUUGGAUAAUCGUGAACUAAUUGAAACUGUCCCAAUUAAGCGGGCUAGUUUAAAUACUAAACCAGAUAGCUUAAUCAGCACCGAAGAAGGAUUAGUCAGUGUUACAAUACAACUGACAAGGGACAAAAAUCGUCUUAUACGUUUGGAAUCAGUACAAGCAAUUUAUAGUCCAAUAGCUGAACUAUUGGAUCUAAUUGUAUCUGGUCUAUUGCUUGCGUUUCUAUCUAUCUUCCUUUUAAAUAUUUGUGUUUCACAUCCAAACAAUUCGGAUUCUUGCUAUUCUGAAUGCUGUUGCUGUUGUUCCACUCUCGUAAAUAAAUCUACUAAUUCUAAAUCAUGUGAAUCACCGAAAUUGGCUACUCAUACAACUUUACCUACAUCUUCAUAUAUUAAUUGUAAUACAGAUAGUGGAAGUUCCAGUAAACGUCUGCCAAAACUCAAUACUAUCUCAUAUAGAAAUUACAGUGAUUUAGUACCAACUGAUAUUCUACAGAAAAAACCCACAAUGAGUUCAGUUUAUCUGUGUGAUUCUCAUCAACAGGAUGGAGUCCCGAUUUCAAGUAAAUGUAUAAUUACUGGUUUACCAAUUACCAGUAAUAAGCCAUGUGCAAAAUGUUUUGGUGAGAAUUGCCGACAUAAUUUCAAUAUGUGUCCAAAUGAAUCAUCACAAUAUAUGACAUAUAAUUUACCUACUUUACUGGGAUCUUCAGUGACAUUACCAAAAUGGGACAACAAGGUUCUCCAACUCGAUAUGGAUGGUUUUAACUGCAUGGAUGCAUCUGAGCAUUCUGCCACUGAAUGUGAUGGUGAACAGUCACAUGCAAACACAAAUCAUCAUUAUUUAUGUCAUCAACAACAAUCACUUCCACGACAACGACAACAAUUAAAUCAUCAACAAAACAGUGUCAACGAAUCCUGUAUUAGUUUUUGUGAUUGUCCGUAUUCCAUGGAAGAUAAUACAAGAACAGAUUCUGCAUCAUGUUUAAAUUCAAAUAAACUUUUAUUUUGUAAUAAUCAUUUAAACACUGGGAGAAAUUGUUCUUCCAUUAGAAAACCAACUGAUAUUAAUUAUAGUAAAAAUGAAAUGUUAAAUUGUUUAAUAAUAACACCACAACAACAGGAUACAACAACAUUUAAUGAAGUCACGCCAAAUAUUGUAACAACACAUCAGUUGCCAUUCAGUGUUGAUUUACUUCAGUCAUCACAAUUGUUAGAUAAUAGGACAACACUAUCAGUAAACACAUCACAUUAAGAUAGACUGUUUUAGGGAGUACAAACAGAACUGUAAUAUCAGAGUUAUGUAUUAGGCACAGUUUUAAUAACAGAUCAGAAUAAUAUUCAUGACUGUCAAUGUGCAUAAUGUAUAAUCAUACACUCCAAGUUUAAUCAUUUUUUUCAUUCCUUGAAAAUAUCCCAUUUUAUGUAUUACGGUGAUGUGAUUACUCAGUAAAGCAUUUAAUGUAGAUUUAUUAUUCAACUUUUCAUUUGUAUCUUGGAUCUGUACAUUCCCUCCACUACAUACUCAUCAACACAUAAAAGCACAUAGUUAUUUGAAUGCACUUGUUAAAUUACCAAUUAAAAAUUCUGUCAAAAAACGUUCUAAUCAAUAUGAACACUUUUUGAUAGUAAGUAAAAUAAACAACUUUUAUUUUGUCUUUCACACAAUGACACAAUAUACACCCCUUGUUCAUAAUUUUAUGUUAGUGUUCCGCUUCAUCUUUUAAUCCUUUUUUUUUUUACAAAAAAAUGAUUUAUUGAAUGUUUUUGUUUUGUAGAUUUUAACUGAACUAUUCAUUUACAUUGUAAAACUCUAUAGAAUGAUAUUUCUAACAUUAUUAAUAAUAUUGGUGUAAUAAUUUUCAUUAAUAGAUCAACAUUUUUGUGAAAACUGAUAGACUGAAAUACAAUUAAAUUUUCAU